CUAACGGCUAACGGCUAGCCGUCCUCUGAGGACUCGUGCAGCCCGCAGGAGGAUGAGGUGACCAGCAGGAGCCGGUCACGUGCACAGGGUGAUCAGGUGUUUGUUGAAGCAGCAGGAUGCCCAUCCCUCCCCCUCCUCCCCCACCACCAGGGGGACCCCCACCUCCCCCCACCUUCAGCCAGGCCAACACCACCCCUCCCAAGCUGAGCAGAGAGGAGGCUAAAGAUCGCGGCGCUCUGCUGACCGACAUCUGUAAAGGCACCGGGCUGAAGAAGGUGGCGGUGGUGAACGACCGCAGCGCUCCGCUGCUCGACAAGCCCAAAGGAGGCGGAGCCGCAGCAGCGGGAGCCAAUGGCAGUGCAGCAGGAAGCCCGUCAGGUUCUGUUCCACCAAUAGGAGGGCUGUUCACAGGGGGGGUGCCCAAACUAAGACCGGUCGGAGACGGUUCUUCUGGACGUUCUCCCUCCACCCGAGCUGCAGCGCCCCGCCCCCCCAGUCAUCGCCAUGACGACACAGAGAGCCCCUCCCCUCAGCCGCUGUCGCCCACGGAGACGAGUCGCUCCCAGCGUCCCUCCCUUCCCAACUUGUCCUCCUCUCCCUCCCCCUCCUCCCCCUCCUCUGCAGCUUCCUCCCCCUCCACCAGCAUGAAGCACUCCUCCUGCCCCCCUCCACCUCCUCCUCUCUGUCGCCGUGGUAACGCCCCCUCUCCUCCGUCCUCCUCUUCUUACAACAGAGAGAAGCCCCUCCCCCCGACCCCUGUUAAUACCCCACCCCUCCCCUCCCCACCUCAGGAGGAAACCCCGCCUCCUCCACCCCGUCCUCCCUGGCCCCCCCCUCCACCUUACCGCAUCACUAACGGUCCGACCGUAGGCGGCGAGGCGGGGCCCGAGCUGCCGCACCGACACAACUCCCUCGGCAACAAGAGGGCCGCCCCCUCCCCUGGAGGCCACACCCCCACGAGAGGCCCCGCCCCUCCCCCACCCCCCGCCUCCCCCACCCCCUCCCAACAGGGCGCCAACAGGCCGCCCCCCGUCAGAGAGACGCCAGGUAGAGGAGCAGCUCCUCCUGUUCCGGUCCAGCCGUCGUCGUUGAGACCAGGUGGUAGAGAAGCUCCGCCCCCUCCUCCUUACAGGACUCAUGGUAGCCCCUCCCUCUCCUCUGACCCCCCCACUAGAGGAAAACCUCCUCCCCCGCCCACCCGCACCCCCGUUGCUCCUCCCCCUCCUCCUCCUCCUCUCCGCAACGGACACUCCUCCUCCUCCUCCUCAGUCCCUCGAUCCUUUGUCGAUGACUUUGAGUCCAAGUAUUCGUUUCAUCCUCUGGACGACUUCCCUCCUCCAGACGAGUACCGACACUUCGCCAAGAUCUACCCGAGCAAAGCCAACCGAGUGAUGAGAGGAGCUCCUCCACUGCCUCCUGUUGGGAGGUGAACCAUGAGACCACGUCACCGCUGGAACACACACACACAUGAACACAUUAACACACACACACACACACGUAUGAACACAUUAACACACACACACACACACAUAUGAACACAUUAACACACACACACACACACACACCGCUCCAUCCUGUUUGAUGACAUCACACCUGCAGACUCAGCUCCGUCAUCCUCAUCUACUCUCUCCUCUGAUUGGCCGAGGAGAAGUCUCAUCACGUUUCUUCAGAGAGAUGAACAGGAGCAGCAAACUCUGCAAACUGACUCAAAUAUUCCUCCUCCUCCUCCUCUCUGGACGGCACCAAGACCUUUAGGUUGUGUUUUUUUUUGGUGGGAGGAGGUGAUGGACUGAUGAAGAGGAGCAGUUUGCUGCAGAGACGAGAGGCUGAAGAUGGAGUGGGGGGGGUCUUCAUCUCUUUCUGUUCUGAGACAAAAAACACAAACUGUUCGUUGAGAUUUAAUCAUAAAUCAUAAAUUUACAGUUUAAAGUCGUAAUAUUCAAAGAAUAUAAAUUGACUUCAUGUUUCUCAUUCAAAGAGUCAUCAAAACUAGUUUAAAACUAAUUUUAUGGAAAUAUUGACCAUUCAAAGCUUCGUUCAUAAUGUUGACGUCCUAAAUAUAAACCUACAUGUCAAGGUGUGCAUAACAAUAAUAAUUAUCAUUAUAAUGGUAAUUAUUAUCAUUAUAUCAAUAAUAAUUAUAAUGAUAAGUAUUAUCAUUCUAAUGGUGUCAGUAGAGUCAGAUAACAGAAGUAACAUUACAGCUCCUGUAUGUUUCCAUCCAGCAGCAAUCUAACAGCACCAUUAGUCACAUUUAGAGAAACACAAUGAUGUAAAACAUGAGAUUCAGUAUCGUCCUAUAAUAUUAUUUUAUUAUUUUAAUUAAUUUAAUGAAGUCCAGAGAUGAAGUUUCUGCUCCCAGUCUUUAUGCUAUGCUAAGCUAAGCUAAGCUAGCUAGACCUGACUCCGUAUUGUUCACAUCAACAGUUUGUGUGAUUCAAUGUCUCAAAAAGAAAGAGAAUGAACUUCCUUUAAUGUUUAACUGGGACGUCCUGAUAAACCAUGAAGACAAACUCACACCGAACUCAGAUCCUUCAGCGGUCUGGACCCGGGUCUGGACCCGGGUCUGGACCUGGGUCUGGACUAGAAUCAGUUCCUGUGAUGUCCUGCUUUACAGUUUACAGUCAGACAGACACACCUGUAAAUACUUAACCUGCAUCAUCAUCAUCAUCAUCAUUUUCAUCAUCAUCAGUCUCCUGGUGAUGUCAUGUGAGGUGGAUCAGAUUCUGAGGAGGCGGAGUCUUUAAGUGCCAAGAUGGAGGAAACAAACUCACCUGAGCUCAGCUGACUCCUCAAACGGGAAGUCUUCUGCCUGCAGCAAGGACUCUACCCCUCCCUCCUCCCUUCUGUCCUCGUCUCCUUCCUUCCCUCCCUCCUCCCUUCUGUCCUCGUCUCCUUCCUUCUCUCCCUCCUCCCUUCUGUCCUCGUCUCCUUCCUUCCCUCCCUCCUCCCUUCUGUCCUCGUCUCCUUCCUUCCCUCCCUCCUCCCUUCUGUCCUCGUCUCCUUCCUUCCCUCCCUCCUCCCUUCUGUCCUCAUCUCCUCCCUUCCCUCCCUCCUCCCUCCUCCCUUCUGUCCUCGUCUCCUUCCUUCCCUCCCUUCUGUCCUCGUCUCCUUCCUUCCCUCCCUCCUCCCUUCUGUCCUUGUCUCCUAAACUAAAAGCUGAACUUGUUGCAUGUCGUCUUUAUUUGAGCGUCUCAUGUUUCUUCGGUGUGGCAACGUCUUCAUGAUAAAUAAUUACCCAGAAUUCAUAGAGUACCUCGAUCUGUCCUUUGACCUUAACGUUUGAGUCGAGAUGUAAAUUUAAGGACAAAGUCGUUCAUUUUAUGAGAAAAGUCAUAAUUUUGGCAGGAUUCUGUUUAAAUAAUAAAACAGAAUAAAGUCUUUAAAUUACAGGUUUCAACAGUUUUAUUGAAAUAUGAACGUAAUAAUGUGGCUUCUUUAGAAAAUAGAAUGACGACUUUAUCUUAUAACUGAUUUAACUGUAAAUGACGUCUUGAUAUAAUAUUAUAUAUAUAUGUGUAUAAAAUAUAUAUGUAUAUAAUAUAUAUAAGUAUAUAAUGUAUAUAUAUUAUAUAUAUAAUAUUUAGUCUAUUAUAUAAUAUAUAAUAUAAUAAAUAUUAUAUAUAUAAUAUAUAUAUAUAAUAUAUAUAUAUUAUAUAAUAAGACAUUUUUCCUCUCAUGGUGUUCUGACCGUCGACUCUUCAUAAACAUGCAGCAGGUUUUUCUCUCUCAGUGCUUUUUUUUUAAGGUUUCAUGUUAAAUAUUUUAUUAAUGUUCUUAAAAGAUUCUUUUAUUUUCUGUUGACAGAAAAUAAAAGUUUAAGAUGAAGUUCAUUCAUUCACUUUGAACGUUUUCUUUCUGUUUUCAAUAAAGUUUUCUUUAUCCAAAUGAAGAGAAAUCAUAGAAAUUUACAAAAACAGGAAUCAAUGUUCUGAAUUAUGAAAAUAAAUAAAACUAGAAUUCUUUAUGGAAAACAGAAACUUCUCUGAAAUCAUUAAAGACUUCAGAUUUAUUCAUGUUUUGUUGUUUUUGUAUCAUCACUGAAACUAAUAAUAAGAAUAACCAGUUUAGUAUUUCAUCUUUUUAAUCCUCACACUUUAUUUUAAUCCGCUGUGACUUCAUGUCGUAAAGAUGAUAAAGUUUUCUGAUCAAUGUGAAGGAGCGUCGUUUGUAAAAGGAGAUCAGCUGUUUUUAUGUUCUCUUGUUUUUUUAUUUCCUGAAUGUGACUUUUAGGAGCUGAAGGUCCUGAAGUCCUCAGAGUCACCGUAGCUCUCAUAUCUCAUAUGUAUCAUAUGUAUCAUAUGUUUUAUAUGUUUUAUAUGUUUCUCAUGUGCAGUACAGCCCCCCCCCGCCUUACAAACUGUUUGCUGUAAAUCUUCAGUCAUGAAUUGUAAAAAGUUCCUAAACAAACAGAAAGCUGUUCAUAAAGCUGAUGACAGACUGUAGUGAUGAAGUUAACUUCUCCUCUGUCUCCAUUCAGAUCAAUCACUGCGUUAACUAAUGAUCAAUAACCAGGAAUCAAUAAAUCCAUUUAGUAGUUUAUUCAUAGAGCAUGUUUAAAUACCGAAAGAUGACAAAUAAUGAAAACGAAUCAAUAAAGUGAUAAAACCAGUCGUGUCUUAAUGAAGAUGUUAUUAAUUUAAUUAUGAGAUAAUGAGGAUGUGAAUCAGUUAUUAAUAAACAUUAGAACAA